CAGAUACACACCAUAGGAAUUUUUCAUUGCCUUUGGGCGGAAUAACAACUUGUUUAUAGUCAAUUAAAAUGUGCUUGUAAAUCUUAAAAUCGGGAAAAAGCAAAAUGAAGUUUUUAAACCUUAUAGUGAUUGUAUUAGCUUUAAUCUGCCAUGGAGUAGAGAGCCUUAAACUUCAGGCGAAUGUGGGAGAGCUGUUCACCUAUAAAAUCGAACCGCAACUGUUCAAUUGGACACACCAGGUCAUCAGUCAGCAGUUUCGCUAUAGACCCUCCUUGAAAAGCUAUCCCGAUCUGCCCAGUUGGAUGCGUUAUAUGUAUAGUCAUGAGUACCAUGCCGGAUUUCUCUACGGAACUCCGCCGGAAUCUGCGGCUGGGAAGGAUCUCAGUCUGGAUGUGGUGGCCCUGAAUCGCCAGAAUUACGAAACCCGGCAUGUCGUAAUUUCCAUGUUCGUGGCCUACAAGUUUCCCACACCCAAUGUGGUGCAGAUGAAAAUAAACAACUUAAAUUGGGUGCACUUGAUGGACCCUGGAAGGGUUGAGAAUUUACGCAAUAUAUUCCGUAACGAUCUAUGGCAAAAUAGUAGGGAGGACUUAAGUGUCGUGUUCAUGGAGUCGGCUGUGAAUAUGGGAGGACGUCUUCCACUGCGACCUCAGCAACGUGAGGGAGUCAUUGUCCAUGUGGGAAGCUUUGCCCAGUUCUCUCCCCGACUUAUGGAGCUGCAGGAAGAAGUGCGUCCCUUAUAUAAACUGCCAUCUUGCACCUACAAGCGCACAUCCGUCCAAAAAAUCUUUGAAAAUGCGGGCUUUAAGCUAGAUUGGUGUGCCUUUCGCAUGGUGGGCAUAGAAUCGCCCACGGAAAUACUUUACCACAGCGGCAAGCAGAAUGAGCAGCAGAUGGCCGAGGAUCAGAGGCACCAGGAUCGUUGGAUGGGCAUCUCCAAAGAAGAAGUGCCGGAGCGCAAUUACAUCGAUGAAUUCGCCUUUGCCUUCGCCAUUCCGGGAGUGAUUUUCGCCAUUUUAAUCGGGAUGUUAUCCGCUGUUUUGUGCUUUCAGCACGAGAAGUUUUACGAUCCGCAUUCUGAAUUUUUCUUUGCCAACAUUUUCCACAUCUGCGAAGAGUCCUGUGCGCCAAGCGCGUCAAGCGAUUCUAGUUCGGAUGAUGGUUCUGAGAGCUCAUCAGAGUCGGAUUAUCACAUGUCCUCCACCGUUCAGAUGGUCCAGUGUUCGGAUAGCAAGUCCAAUCAACCCAUUACCACCUUGAAGAGCCUUAAGGACCCAAAUUUCCUUCUAGAUAAUACUAGUUUGCGAUCGCAAAGUCCUAACAAUAGUUUUUACCAAUUGGACUGUGCAAACUCCAGCAUUUACGCCAGACCCAAGCCACCGCCGUACAAGGGAGGCACUUUGGGAAGGAAUGGAGUGGAUAUUUGACAAACAUCUCCACGAGUGCUCUACUGCUGAAAGGCAUUGGAUCUGAAGUUGAAGUGGAAUCUCAAUAAGCAAUAUCAAGGAGCGUUAUACCAUUUGCAUAAAUACUCACACCUGCCGAACUAGACAAGCCAUAUCGUACUUAUCAAUUUAUAUGCAUAUGCGUACAUGAAACUAUAGCCAAUUUAGUUUGCCGUUCAAAAAGAAAGGCAAUCAAAUAAAGGAUCGUUUUUUAAAAUACA